AUGGCUACUUUCAAGACUACUCUUACGGUUCUUCGAGAACAAGCAAACCGAAUCCCAUCUUCAGUGUUUUUCAAAGUCCCCCAGUAUGACGGUGAACGGCAGUCGUGGAAGGACGUCUCAUAUGCUACAUGCUUAGCCGACGUCGAGAGAAGCGCCCAGGCCUGGACCCGCAGACUACAAGGGACUGUCACGGAAGCACGAGCAGUCGUCGGGGUAUGGCUCAAAGGCGUGUCAUACGACGAUUAUAUCCAUACUCUAGGUCUUAUCCGGGCCGGUUACAUACCGCAACUCAUCUCUUUACGCAUGACAGACCCCUCUGUGGUCUAUGAACUGCUGGAGAAGGCCAAGGCCGUGGCUCUGAUCCAUGAUGCCAGCUUUACGUCGAUGCUGCACAACAGCCCCGUGCCAACCUUCCCCGGCGGAACCUUGCCAUCUGAGCCGCUCGAGGGACAGGCAUCACUGUCUCCGGUAUGCGAGGCUUCAGAUCCGGAUCAUUUGGUUAUGAUCCUCCACACGUCAGGAUCGACUUCUGGGAUCCCAAAGCUGGUGCCCAUCACCGCCCGAUGGGUGGACUCUCUUCUCAACAAGAUGAAGCACUCGAGAGACUAUGCAUUUACGCCGGACCCUGAGAUUCUCAUAGCCAUUGGAAGUUAUAUGCACAUGGGAAGCCACAUGUGCAUUUGGGCAAGUCUCGUUUUGGGCGGCACCAUGGUGCUCCCAACGACCAUUCCUUACUCAUCUCAUGAACUGAGCCGUAUUAUCAAGGAAUGUGGGUUGAACAGGCUCAUGGUUUUCCCGCCACUUCUGUCAAGCAUGUUCCGUGAGGCGGACAAGGACCCCGACUUCCUUGCGCUUCUCCAGGGUCUCGCUUCUAUCGGGUACGGCGGUAUGGCUCUGGAGCCUAUGGACCUAAAUUGGGCGCGUGAGAGGGGCAUGCAGCCUGUCAAUUUCUUUGGAUCGACUGAGAUGGGCUAUGCCAUGGCCGGCCGCCAGAGCGCAAACGACUCCUAUUUGGAGGCCUUCCCCGGAUCCACCUUUGAGUUUCAGCCCCUCGAUGAUGGCUCUGGGUCUGACUCUAAGCUGCUCGAGCUGGUGAUCCCCCCAGAGUCGCCUGAUUGCCCGCACCAGAGUCUGCGGGGUCCCGACGGCAAAUUUCACUCUGGUGAUCUCUUCACCGAGAUACCCCCCGGUCGGUACUUGUCUCAAGGGAGGGCGGAUGGCUGGAUCAAGAUGGAGACAAGUCUUCGGUGCGACACUAGCGCCAUAGAAGCCAAUGUCAUAGAUACAUGUGGCAAGGACCUCGUCCACGCCGUUGCCGUCGUUGGUGACCGACGUCCUUCACCAAUGCUUGUGGUAGAGCCGCACGAGCAGACAGUUCCCAACGGGGUCAAUGGAAACACGCCGCAUACUUAUGAGGAACAGCUGAAGAAGGACAUUCUCGAGAGAAUCAUGCCUUUCCAUCAACGAAGGUAUCAGCAUGAAAGAAUACAGGACCAUCGAUUUAUCAUGGUUGUACCUAAGGGCUCCCUGCCUCGCACAGCUACCAAGGGGAACAUUCGGAGGAAGGAGGUCGAAAAGACGCUCAAAGACCAGAUUGAUGUAGUUUAUAACAAGGCCUAA